UCAGUCUAGUCGUGGCCUCUCUGUGCCCAGGGCUAGAGAGGGUUGGACUGGGUUAGUGAUGGUGGGCGGGCACUAGGACCCGGCAGCCGCGCUCCUGCUGCCCGUGUCUAUAUCAGAGACGACUGCUCAAAGUUCAAGUGGAAACUCGCUGCCUGCACCUUUUCCCUUAAACGUGUGUGUGUGUGUGGGGGUCCGCGGGGGGAAAGCGAGAGAGAGAGGGGGGCGAGAUGAAAGACCCCGUCACUGGAUGCACUUACGACAGCAUCUAUCGGCACAUCAAGAAGUUUGCCAAAACCGGCGACAACUACUGCAAGGAGCUCAUCUCCGUCCUACAGCAGAGGGUUGACCUGGAGAAAAUGUAUGCGAAAGGACUGCACCGGCUGGCAAACAAGGUCACCAAAGCAUCCAAGGACAUGAUCAAAAACUCCAUAUUUGAAGGCUGGAAAUGUAUUGCCCAAGAGAUGACCUACACUGCGGACUUACACACGGAGUUAGGCGGCGCUAUUCACCAGGAAGCUGUGAAACCCAUCUGUAAGAUGCUGGAAGAACAUACAAAAAGGAGAAAGUCAAUGGACGGUGCUGUGGAGAAAUCUUCUAAGCUUGUUGUGGACAACUGGAGUCAACAGAUCCGGUGCAAGAAGAAGAUGUUGGGACUGACCAAGAGCCAUGAAGCAGUGCAUCGUGCCGUGGAGAACAAUAAGCAAAUAGUGUCUGAAAAAGAGAAAAUAAAGCUGCUAAAAAAGCUGAAGAAGUCGACGGAGAUGCUGCUGAAAGUGGACGAGCAGUACUACGAGAUGAACCGGGCCGGUGAGGACGUGCGGCUGAAAUGGGAGUCCAUCUUUGAACAGUCUUACCAGGUAAUUCAUGAUCUGGAGAAAGACAAAAUAAAUCUCCUGUGCAAUAUCUUAAAUAAAUACAGCCGGCACAUUACUUAUUUUGGAAGAACACUGAUAGAGCGUCAGAUGCAAAUCCAUGAAGUGGUGCAAGGGAUUGGUGUUGAUCAAGAUAUCCAGGCACUGUUGGACAACACGUCCGGUUUAUCCAAUGAAAACAAAAUAGGAUUUCUUCUGACGGAUUAUUAUGAGGAAGAUAGUCGGAACACGAUGGAUAAAGAGAGAAGAAAGAUCGGACUGGAUCUAAAGAUACAACGGCUUCAGGAUGACAUCAGCAAAAUCAAGAAGGAAAAACAAGGUUUGGAGAGGAUGAGUAGGGCAAGUUUCACAAGUCCAACAUUUUUUGAUUUGAAAACUGAGGAGCCAAAUGCAACGAUGAGAGACGAGGCAGCACUGAAACUAACCCUUUUGGAAUUGAAUUUCUACAAACUUGCAUCGUCCAUGGCAGAACUGGAAGGCAAUCCCAAACCAUCCCACCCUCUCAGUGACUGCAUCACCAACUGGAAAGAUAAGGAUUAUCAUCACAGCCUGGUGCAGAUAUCUCGUCCUGUGAAAAUGAAAAGCAGGCAGCAGAACAGCACGAGAAGCUCUGUAUUUGUGGAGCCGGGUCAAUAUCAUGAACCCUGUGCCGUGCACAUGGAGGAGCCGAUCUAUGCGAACCAUUGCAAUCAUUUACCGAUGCCAGUGGACCCACCUAAAACCAACGCGGGGACAGCUGACUAUGUAAAAGACCUUAUUCCGGAGAUUGGAACGUGUAAGGUCCUGUAUGACUAUGAGGCUGCGAGAGAUGAUGAACUUAGCAUGCAACAAGGUGAUGUGCUUAGCAUUUACAAGAAAGAAGUGACUGGCUGGUGGGUUGGCAGCCUGAGAGGAAGAAAAGGCAUUUUCCCAGCCACCUAUGUAGAGGAAAUACUGCAAGUUCACGACACAUCAGAAGCAUGAAGGGUUCGUGACAUUCCUGCCCUUCGGGGAAUCACAGGAAUGUACACCCAUAUACUGCGGCCCGGUAAAGAAAAUACUGACGUGUGGAUUUGUAACAUUUAAAAUCAAAACUGACUCUGUAUUUUGGACACAGAUUUUCUACACUGUCGCUCUGCAUCAGUUUUCUCUUAAAACACAGGCAAAAUGUAUCCAUUGUGGAGGAUGGUACAAAUGAGGCAAAUGUGAUUCGGGAGGCGUGCAGACGGUGCAACUAAAAUCUACAUCCGGCUGAAAGAUUUGAACCAGGAAUUGUCAAUCCAAUGUAAAUAUUAAACAUAAAAGGUGGGCAAGGUUAACAAAAACGUCAAUUCUUAAAACAUGAGGUAGGAGGAAUUCACAUUAAGUGUUUGGUAUUUCAACGAUUGGCAUAGAUUAAGGUUUACCGUGAGAUUGGAAGGCAUUCAGAACUCCUCCAAUGGUGCGUUGAGCCUGUUUCUAUUAUGAAGUGCAGAAACUUUGCAUUCUUCAGCCCACUCGGACACAGAGGCAGGAGUGAAAACAUCAUUUACAAGCAACUUGGAGAGGACUGGCAUUCUCCAGGGCACUAGUAUUCAGGCUCACUGACAGCUCACCAGCCAUUGCUGUAUCCAGUGUUACUGCGCUCCACUCUACAUUGCAGCCAAUUCUAGGCAACAUCAAGUGAUGUGCACAUCCUCAACCACUUUCAAAAUAUAAUUGAAAUACUUUUUCACGUCACAACACAAGCAAGAGAUGUUUAAAUUAUGUUUUAUUCUGUGUUUGUUUAUUCAGUAUUUCAAAGUAACACCCCAUUUAUAUACUGUUGCCUUAAACAAUUGUGUGUUCUGUUGCCUUAACGCUUAGUUGGUCACUGUUCGCCAUCAAAACAGAAGCAAUAUUUUACGCAAGUACACUGAAAGAUAGAUUAAGUAAAUUGGGGUGUCAGUGACAACCCCACAGCACAAUUAACCUGAGCUCAAUCACAAAUAAAAGUGUUAAAUAUC